AUGGAAGAUCCACAAAGGGAAGUAACUCAUGAAAUGGUCGCUGGGGCGAAUAUGAUGGUUGAUAGUUCUAUUACUUCUCCUGAUCCAGUGCAGGAUAGGGGUGCAGGGCCCUCUGCAGUUGAUGAUGGAUUUCAAGUGGUUACGCACAGGAAGAAUAGAGUGAGAGCUCAUGUCCCGGGAUCUGUAUCUAGAAGUCCAUGGAGUUUGUCUGCUGGGUCGGGUAAAAGUCCACUUGAUGAUCAGGCAUUCCCUUCGCUAAGUCGACCUGUUUUGAAGCGUCCUGUGGAACCUCCACCUGUUGCUCCUGCUCGGGGUAAGGGUAGGGGGAAGAAGCGGGGUAAAUGA